CAAUUUUCACUUCCACAUUUCAAUUAUGGCCGCCAGAUGAUCGCUAAUGUUUAAGUGUUGUGGAGUCGUUCCUUUACUUUGGAAAACUUUAGAUAAGGUUGUCGUGGGAGAGAAAAGUGAUGGUGGAUUGAGAGACAUUCUUAAUCUAUCUGCGGACAUGUAUUAUUCCGUGCAAGUCGGUGAUACCGUUUUUACUGUGUUGAAACGGUACCGCAAUCUUCAGAUUAUUGGUUCUGGAGCGCAAGGAAUGGUGUGCUCAGCGUUAGACUCUACCACAGGAGAGAAGGUUGCUAUCAAAAAACUGAGCCGACCAUUUCAAAAUGUCACACAUGCCAAGAGAGCUUUUCGAGAACUGGUGCUGUUGAAGAUGGUCAACCACAAGAAUAUAAUUGGUCUCCUGAAUGUUUUCACCCCAGACAGAUCAUAUGAAGAGUUUCAGGACCUAUAUUUAGUGACAGAAUUGAUGGAUGCCAGUCUUGUCCAAGUCAUUCAAAUGGAUUUGGAUCAUGAAAGGCUUUCAUAUCUUAUGUACCAGAUGCUGUGUGGCGUAAAGCACCUACAUGAUGCAGGCAUCAUUCACAGGGACCUCAAGCCAAGUAACAUUGUAGUCAAGUCAGAUUGUUCACUGAAGAUACUUGACUUUGGACUGGCACGUACUGCUGGUGCAGCAUUCAUGAUGACACCAUAUGUAGUGACACGGUACUACAGGGCUCCAGAAGUUAUCUUAGGCAUGGGUUAUAGUGAGAAUGUGGAUGUGUGGUCUGUUGGCUGUAUACUGGGUGAGAUGAUCCGUGGAAGUGUUAUGUUUCCUGGAACUGAUCACAUUGAUCAGUGGAACAAGGUCACUGAGCUUCUUGGCACACCAUCAGAGUCCUUCCUCAGCCAGCUACAACCAUCAGUGAGAAUGUACUGUUCAAGUCGUCCUAAGCAGCCAGGAUUCAGUUUUGAUGAUCUUUUCCCAGAUGAUUUGUUUCCACCUGGGAACAAGACUAAAGCCAAUGAAUGUCGCGAUCUUUUGUCAAAGAUGCUUGUAGUUGACAGGUCAAAGCGGAUAUCAGUCAUUGAAGCCUUGCACCAUCCUUAUAUUCAUGUUUGGUACGAGAGAAGUGAAGUGGAAUCGACAAUACCCAAUAAAUAUGAUCAUUCGGUGGAUGAGAAGGAACUAACGGUUGAAGACUGGAAACGAACAAUUUACCAGGAAGUAAUUUCUUACAAUAACACGAACGACACUCCACCAGUUGUGGAGGGAAAUGGGGAGAUCAACGCUUCAUCAUCCAGUUCUAGCAUUUCAUCAGGAAUAGAAAGUUCCAAAAAGAAAGCGAAACGUAAAAAACGAGAGGUACAGACAGGAGGUGGAACUUUAGGCUCAAGAAUCAGACAGAUGAUAAGAGGAGAUGAAUACUAAUCCUGAUUGGUGGAUGGAUUAGAUAUUUUACUGGUAAUACCACAGCCAGAAAACGUCGAAUGAUGUGGUGCGUUGUUGCCAUCGACAACGUGAAUUUAGAACACUAAUGAACAAUUCGUGCAGUUCUAUAAAAUUUUGAUAAAAAGUGUGCAUGUUCAUGUACUUUAAAUAUUGUACGUGCGCAUUCUAAGUGGAUCAAUAACAGUUAUUUUGACUGGUAGGACCAGUUUGAUUGUGAAUUCCGAUGGGUAGGGUCAGUUAAGGGAGUUGUGUACUUCUUGAUAUGGGAAAUCAUUACACCGAAGAGGGAAGGUCCUGCGACCAAUGAAAUAGAAAUACUGAAGAUAUUAUACAAGAGAAAAUAUGGGUUAUAUCCUGAGGUAGUACUUGUAAUUUAGUAUUCAAAAAAGGUUCAUAAAUACUUAAUUUUGAGUUUAAUAGAUAUAGCUUUAUUUCGUCCUAGUUAAAGAAAGAAGCUGAUUGUGUUAGCAUGCAUUAUGGAAGAAACCUUUAGUGCUUUAGCUGAAAUUGUAAUUUUCGAAACGCUUCACAUUGUUCAUUGCAAAUCGCCGUUUAAGUUGCUUUCUGUCUGGAGGUUUGUUAAUGAAAAUCGAGCAAUAUGAUUGCAAGGAUGGAAAAGUAGACAUUUGUGUAAGAUUGCACUAAAUACUUUCUUCGUGCCAUUUGGAUUCGUGUUUGCGUCAUCAAACACACUUUGCUUUUAGAUUGAUGGAAACCUGUUAAGAAUAGUCUUUUAUGGCGGAGAAAUACUUUAGAGUUGCAAGAAAGUAAGAUUAACUUACCUCUAGAACGAAUGAAAAAAAAAAGCUUGAAAAAGUCUGAGAUAAUUUUUUUUCCAAGAUACACAUUGCAGUAGCUGUUUUUUUCAAGUGUUAGCCAAAUUAGGUUGUAUUUAUUUAUUUUUUUUUUAGUUAGAAAAGAGCAUGUUAUUAUUAUUAUUUUUUGUUUGUUUGUUUGUUUGUUUUUUUUUUGUUCAUAUUAGAGAUGAAUUCCGUUUGGAGUAGUUUUAAAUAAUAAGGUGUUAACACAGUGUAGUCUACAAGUGGCCAGGUCAGCUCAAGGGGGAGGGGAGGGGCAGGAGGGAAAGUGCAGAAGGACUAACGACCGAGACGUUUAGUUGCCAGAAACAGGCGUGUGAUUUAACGGUGGAAAAAGGCAUGGUAGGUUUGUUCUCUCAUUAGUUAGGACUUGCGUCUUAACCUUUCCAUCCAAACAUUGGGUGAUAAUAUGUGGAGAAACUAGACGAUAGUCACUGAUAGGUUAAAAGGGGUUAUAGUGAAGGCGGUUGUUUGUCAGUUGAAACGAGGAGCGAAACGUAUGCGGUUGGGUAAACUUCCUGUCGGUUUGCUUUUAUGUCGUGUGCGAUGUUAAAACUCUGAUGAUCAUGUGACCUCGCUAUCAGAAUACAGAGGAUAACUCAGUGUAGAUGGCCACUUGGAAACUACUCAGUCCACAUGCGCUUUAUUGCGGGCCUAUAGUAGCUUUACACGUUUAUAUACAUAGUCAAGUUACAUGUACCUAGCUUACAGAGGAUGAACAUUGUAUGCAUAGAUUAAUUUUGGUUGCGAGAUAAGGAUAUUCUUUCGUUAUAAUUGGCGUUUAAUUUCUGUCAAUAAACAGCGCAGAUUUCUUAAAA